AAAAUUAUUCUUUGCCCCAUAUUUCUCUUAUAUAUUCUAGAUAUAUACGUCUGUCCCGACCCAGACCUAAUUGAUCGCAUCCCUUCCUCCCUUCUCGCUACUCCUCGCGCAUACCGUACCAAAUUCUUGAAUACGAUCCUUCCACGAUGGGUUUGUGCGGGCGUCAGACGGUUGUCCGUCGGAAGAUGGUGCUGCUAGGUGACGGUGCUUGUGGCAAGACUUCGGCCUUGAACGUGUUCACAAGAGGUAAGAUACACGCUCUUUCCCAUGGUUAUGCACUCUGCGAUAUUGACCUUACUACUCCCCGCCCAGUGAGCCGACUGUUUUUGAAAACUAUGUCCACGGUAAUCGCCUUCGCCCCUUCUAUGUCCAAUUCGUAUAUUCAUGACUCCCUAGAUAUUUUCGUCGACAAUGUACACAUGGAAUUGUCGCUCUGGGAUACCGCUGGCCAGGAGGAAUUUGACCGAUUGCGUGCGCUAUCGUACGAGGAUACACAUGUGAUUAUGCUUUGUUUCAGCGUUGACAGCGCGGAUUCGUUCGAGAACGUCGCAUCCAAAUGGGUCGAGGAGAUUACGGAGAACUGCCCCGGUGUUAAGAUGGUUCUCACAGCGCUCAAGUGUGACUUGAGAAAGGAUGAAUUCGAGAAUACCAACCCGAACGCUAUCACGUACGAGCAAGGUCUAGAGAAGGCGAAGGCGAUCGGUGCUGUGAAGUACUUGGAAUGCUCUGCCGUUCAGAAUCGCGGCAUCAUGGAGACUUUUUACGAAGCAGCCAAGGUUGCCCUUGAAGUGAAAGUCUCGGGAUCGAAUGCUUCCAAGGAAGGAUGUGUCAUCCUGUAAACGGUUCUCCCGUUGCAACUCUUAGCUUCUUUGACGGUUUCUAUCAUUUGUUCGUAUACCCUUUGAUUUGUUUCUUAUCCGUUGCGCCCUUUGGGACUAUCCACGACGAGCUGCAAACGUCCCAAACCGGGCGCAACUGAUCUUUAUUAUGAUGUCAGCUCUUCAGCCUAUUUGUGUGGCUAUUUGCUUUUUUCUCUUCUUUAUAUAUACUUUGCUGCAUCCUCUUUCCUAAUUAUGUACGCUUAAUAUUCUGGAAAAGACGAACUGACCCAGCUUGGAAUGGACUUCGGCAAUCACGCUUUACUCAACUGAAUCUUUCUACUGCCGGGUAUCAUGUUUCUGGGUCAAUGGCAGAAGACCGGGAGAAUCAGCUCUAUUUAUUACUAUUGCUAGACCUGCAGAUGUGUACUAUCUACCAAUUGAUGACUCUAAUUUUGGAUUCCA